AUGCUGCUGACGCCGUUCGUGGCAGUGGCGCUCCUCGCCUCCUUUCCGGGCUGGCAACUCGUCAGCGCAACCCUGGUGGCUGGCGCGGCUCUUACCGAUCUGCUCGACGGGCACAUCGCCCGCCGCCGGAACCAGAUCACUGCGCUCGGGACCCUCCUCGAUCCGAUCGCCGACAAGUUCUUCAUUUCCACGAUCUUCAUUUGCCUGGUGGAUCGGGGGCUGUGUCCGGCAUGGGUGGCGAUCGUGAUCGUGGGCCGCGAAUUCGCGGUGACGGCGUUACGCAUGGUGGCACUCCAACGGGGCGCAAGCGUGCCGGUCAGCCUUCUCGGAAAAAUCAAGAUGCACGCGCAGGUGUACGCCGCACUGCUGGUUCUGCUGGGGGCGCUCUAUCCUGCUCUGGCGCCCUUCGGGGUCGCAGGUCUCUGGGCCGCGGCCGUGCUGACGGCAUGGUCCGGUUUCUCCUACUUCCUCGGAGCGAGGAGAGUCGCGCUCUCUGGCUGA